AUAGAAGUGCCCACACAGUGAGCCACUCAAAUAAUGUUUGCCUGCAGUUGUUAUAAUUACUGUGCAAAUACCUAUACAUAUUUUGAUUGAUAAGAAAGUAUUGUCUUAAUGGUGAACCCAAUGUGAAUCGAAUCGGCAAAUAACAUCCGCUAUACGUUAACUCGGAUGUCCUCCACCCAGCAUCCAUCGAACAAUGGAUGCGGAAUCUGUCAUGCCAUCAGCAGCAGCUCAGCAACCUGCCGUUUGUCUUUGAUAAGCUCCUACGCAGAAAGGCCAUAGAUUCAACCCUAGAAACGAAACUUUGCAGAACGGUUAGAUGAUUUCAUAAAUCUGUUUACUCAGGCGUCAGCUGCUGAGCAGUUCCAAUUUAUUUGAGUACGUGGAAAGCAAUCCCAUCGGGAGCAGGAUUCCUCUUAUGAUUCCAGUGGAAUAAGACAAGCUAAUCCUGACUAGAAAGUUUUAAAGUGUUUAGUUCUCAGAAUAAAGUGCAUCUUACUUGAGUUUGUGUGAUAAUUAGCAAAAAACGUGCCAUUCAAAACAUCACACUACCAAAGAAUGUCUGCGAAUAUCGUACGAGCCGGCUUUGCGCCUCUCGCUCGCUCCUGUGGCACAUCAGCGAUCAGCUUGCGUUUGCGUAUGGAUAAACAUUACCACCAAUGUCCAGCAACUGUUACUGGAUCUAAAACUACCACCACUACGAGGCACUUUGGAAAGAUUUCAUCAUUUGCGCCAUCAUCGCCACUGUUGACGCCGUCCUCGUCCAUCGAGAGCCAUUCGUCUACCUUUACAAACGUAGUGCACUAUCCGAAGCGGCCAAUCUGUUCCUUGUCCGGAGUCCUGAGCAGUUCCAGCCUACCGAAAGCAACCAAGAUGUCCGGCGAUGACAAGCUGUUGCACGAGAAUCUCUGGGAGUCGGACCCGGAGCUGAUGGACCUGAUUCGGAAGGAAAAGAAACGCCAAGUCCAGGGUCUGGAAAUGAUUGCCAGUGAGAACUUUACCUCACUCUCGGUGUUACAGUGUCUGGGAUCCUGCCUGCAUAACAAGUACUCCGAGGGACUGCCCGGGCAAAGAUACUAUGGCGGUAACGAAUUCAUUGACGAGAUCGAAGUGCUGGCCCAGAAACGCGCCUUGGAAGCGUACCGUCUCAACCCGGAAGAGUGGGGCUGCAACGUGCAGCCCUACUCCGGUUCGCCGGCCAACUUCGCCGUCUACACCGGACUGAUCGAGCCGCACGGGCGCAUCAUGGGGCUGGACCUGCCGGACGGUGGCCAUUUGACGCACGGUUUCAUGACCGCCACCAAAAAGAUCUCCGCCACGUCCAUCUUCUUCGAGAGCAUGCCCUACAAGGUCAACCCGGUGACGGGGCUGAUCGACUACGACAAACUGGAGGAAAGUGCCCGGAACUUCAAGCCUAAAAUCAUCAUCGCCGGUAUGUCGUGCUACUCGCGUUGCCUGGACUACAAACGCUUCCGCCAGAUUUGCGACGCCAACGGUGCUUAUCUGUUUUCCGAUAUGGCCCACAUCUCCGGACUGGUCGCAGCCGGAGUCAUUCCAUCGCCGUUCGAGUACUCCGACGUGGUAAGCACAACGACGCACAAAUCGCUUCGGGGACCCCGUGCCGGUGUGAUUUUCUUCCGCAAAGGAGUGCGCAGCGUAAAGCCGAACGGGGACAAAGUAUUGUACGAUCUAGAAGCGAAAAUCAAUCAGGCCGUGUUCCCCGGAAUUCAGGGUGGCCCACACAACCACGCCAUCGCCGGUAUUGCCACGUGUAUGCUGCAGGCCAGAACUCCUGAGUUCAAAGACUACCAGACACAGAUUAUCCGAAAUGCGCAAGCACUGUGCAAGGGGCUGCUGGAACGAGGCUACUCUAUUUCGACCGGCGGAACCGACGUUCAUCUGGUUUUGGUCGAUCUUCGUCCGGCUGGCAUCACCGGAGCCCGUGCCGAGUACGUGCUGGAGGAAAUUUCCAUCGCCUGCAACAAGAAUACCGUUCCCGGAGAUAAGAGCGCCCUGAACCCGUCUGGAAUCCGGUUGGGAACGCCUGCUUUGACGACACGGGGCCUGGUGGAAGCCGAUAUGGAAAAAGUGGUAGACUACAUCGAUCGGGGACUGCAGCUGUCGAAGGAGAUCACGGCCGUUUCGGGACCAAAACUGGUGGAUUUCAAGCGAGUGCUGCAUGAGGAUGCGACACUGAACGCCAAGGUUCAAGCCCUCAAGAAGGAGGUUCAGAAGUACAGCGAAAAGUUCCCUAUGCCUGGCUAUGACGAGAUUUAGGCUGUAUGUUUUUCUUUAGAUCUGUAGUAUGAGUUGUAAGGCUGUUGGAAAGGAAAGUGCUAUGACAAAACAAACAUCGAAAUAUAUUAUUCUCUACUAUUGUAGGCAUACAGAGUAUGCCAAUUUAAACCUA